GUAAUCGGUUUUGUUCUUAAACAUUUUAUCUUGACUUUUGUAUUGUAUGAAAUAAUUUUCAAGUAAUUAAUAAACAAAAUUUAGACUAUUAUAGAAAUCUAAAAUGCAUUCCAUUACUGGUGAUAAUUCACGACGUCGUAUAGCAGCUUUGUCAUUUCUUUCUAAUAUAUCUCUCGAUGGCACUCAUAAAGACACUAAUAAAUCACUUUUUAUGAAAGAUAAUUUUUACAUUUCAAAGCAAUAUUCUUCAUAUCUUGACAAUGACACAAAUGAUGAUGAUACAAUUAGUGAAAAUGAUAUAAUAAUUGAUGGUUUUGAAAUUGAAUUUAAUCCGACUGUUAAAUUAACAAAAACUCGUUCUUUAACCUCUACACCUUUGAAAGCUGGAUUAAAUGACAAGCAUGAUAAUUUUGAGUUGGAACAUGAUAGAUUCACAAGAAAUCCACCAUUUCGUGACAGAAUUAACACUACUGGGAGUGAUAAUACGAUGGAACAUAAAAGACUGGCAGCUUAUUGUCGUAAACGUUUAUUGCCAAAUCCAUUAAUUUCAGAUAAUAAGAAUAGUAAAAACUACAGCAGUUCUGAAAGCCUCGGCUUGUUCAAACCAAGUUCAUCUUUUCAAGAAAAUGAACCAACUAAAACUAUGGAUAUUAGAGUUGUUCGUCCAACAGCAACACAUAAAUUUAAAAAUGAACGAUUAGUAUUGGUGACACCACAAAAAACCCCUGUUCUUAUAUAUUCACUGAUACCAUUUAAAAGUGAACGUUGUGAUCAAAAAAAAGAACCCCCUCGUAGAAGACAAACAUCAGGAACUAGACCAUUAUCAGCUGUUAAUGAUAUAGUAGAUGCAUUUGACCUUUUUGGAUUAGAGAAAGGAAAAGACGGACAGGAAGUAUCCUAUAGUCAUUUACUACAGCCAUCUCGUAAUGUAGAAACUAAAAGUCCAAUUGAAGAAAUUAUAGAUUCGGUUCAACUAAAACCACACAGUUUAAGCAGAUGCAUUUCUGCUGAUAUUUCUGAAAAUAUUUUAAUCAACAGUGGUUCUUAUAAAAUGUGUACCUCAGUUGCUACUUCAUCACCUCCAAAAAUGGACUUAUCAAAAAGUAUUCCUGAACAAGAUGAAAAUAGCACUACAGUAUACUCCCCAAAUAUGCUAGAUGAUCCAGAAUUUUUUGCUGGAAAACAUAGGACUCUUUUGACAUUUAUAUCAUAUAUGACAUCCAUUAUAGAUUACGUGAGACCUGCUGAUCUUAAAAAAGAAUUAAAUGACAAAUUCCAAGACAAAUUUCCACACAUUGAAUUGACUUUAAGUAAAUUGAGAAGUAUUAAACGAGAAAUGCGGAAAAUCACUAAACCAGACGCAUCUUCUGAUUUAUUGACCAUUGCUCAAGCUUAUGUAUUCUUUGAACGUUUACUUGUAAAAAAAUUAAUCAACAAAGAAAAUCGAAAGCUUUGUGCCGGAGCUUGUAUAAUAUUGUCAGCAAAAUUGAAUGAUAUGAAAGGAGAACUCUUAACUAAUUUAAUUGAGAGAACAGAAAUAGUAUUUCGUUUGAAUAGAAAAGAUCUUAUGGUCUCUGAAUUUGGGGUUUUAGUGGCUCUUGAGUUUGGCUUACAUAUACCUAUUCAUGAAAUAAUGCCUCAUUAUCAAAGGCUUUUAUCAGAAUCUUGACAUCAACAUAUAAUUCCAGAAGUAUUUCAUCUCAGUGAAAUAGUUGAGAGUAUAAAAAAGAACACUUUAUUAUGAAUUCAACAAUGAAAUGUUCUUAGUAAAAUAUUUAAUUACAAUGAAAAUAGUUACCAGGUUUCAAGAUUUAUAUUGUAGUCGUGUGGAUUUUAGUAAUUUGGACUUUGAUGCAAGUUGAAAAUAAAUUGUGAGAAGUAUUCAUAUGAAUAAGUUUUAAAGUUAAAACUAUUUGUUGCUUUUAUUGUAAAAUAUAAACAUUUAAAAUUAUCAAUUAAAUGUGAACAUAUUUAGCAAAAUUGAUAUUAUAGCAGUUUCUUUUUCAUUAAACAAAAAUUGAAAAAUAUAAAUUUACAGAUAUCAUUUUGUGACUCGUAUUCAGAAGCUAAUGUGUCACAAAUUAAUUUUUGAGAUUUUUUUAUAAUUUAUAUAAAGGUAAAUGUUAUGUCAUUUUCCAAUAAACUAAGUCAAUUUUAUUAA